UUCGCACCAAACAUAAUUAGGCUUGAAAGCCAAGAAGCUCAAAACAUAAAAUAUUGAGUUUAAUCAUCUAUAAACAAUGGCUAUCCACAAUCAAUCAGGAUAUCAAACAAAUUACACAUUCCUACCAAGCAACUCUUUAAUUCUAGUUUAUAUACAUUAUCAUGGCAAUGUCUGUGACUAGAACAAAACGAGACUUAGUUAAACCUGCCAAGGAGACCCCAUUCGUCACACUUGACAUGUCAGUAAUCGACAAUUUACCUGUUCUAAAAUGCAAUGUUAGAACCUUGCAUGUGUUUAGACAUGGUCCUAAAGCAGCAAGGGUCAUAAGAGAAGCAUUGUCCUUAGCACUCGUUCCCUACUACCCCCUUGCAGGACGACUCAAAGAGUCUAAUCCGCAGUGUCUCCAAAUCAAAUGCUCGGGUGAUGGUGUUUGGUACGUUGAGGCAUCAACUAAUUGCACACUUGACUCUGUCAAUUUCUUUGAUGACAUGGAGUCUAUUCCAUAUGGUAGUCUUUUUCCAGAUAAUGUUCACGAGAUCGAAUACAUCGACCCCCUUGUGCAAAUGCAGGUGACUCAAUUUGGAUGUGGAGGUUUUGUGAUAGGCCUGGUAUUCAGCCAUAGCAUAUGUGAUGGCCUUGGUGCUGCACAAUUUCUAAAUGCGGUCGGGGAGCUAGCUAGAGGACUUGACAAACCCACCAUCGAACCAGUGUGGCACAGGAACUUUUUUCCCUCUCAAGCACCUGCAUUGCCAAAACUACCUCUUACACCUCAAUUGCCAUGCUACAAGCUAGAGCAUUCCAACAUAGACAUACCCGCGGAACAAAUAAACCGGCUGAAGAGGGAGUUUCAACAAGUUACUGGACAAAGUUGUUCUACCUUCGAAAUUGUUGCUGCAUUGUUUUGGAGCAGCAGAACAAGAGCCAUUAAUUUUGAUCCCAAUACCCAAGUGAAGCUCGUGUUCUUUGCAAAUUGUUGAUACCUCGUAGACCCUCCUCUACCCAAUGGUUUCUAUGGAAAUUGUUUCUUCCCAGUGACAACUACAGCCUCAUGUAAGUCACUUAGAAUAGCACCAAAUAUCAUUAAAGUGGUGAAGCUUAUCCAAGAAGCGAAGACCAAGUUACCUUCAGAGUUCGUUAAGUACUUGAAGGGUGAACAUAUAAAAGGUGAUGAUGAGUUUGAGGACCCGUUUGCACCAACACCGAAUUACGCCACACUGUUUAUGUCUGAGUAGGGGGGGUUGGGAUUCGACAAUGUGGACUAUCAGUGGGGUCCACCUGUUCAUGUAGUCCCCAUUCAAGGCUCUGUCAUUGUGCCAGCUGGCAUUGUGUGCUCGCUGCCUCUCCCAAACAGAGGGAUUUGUUUGGUUACAUGGUGUGUGGAGGAGGCACAUCGCCUUCCCUUCAUUGAUCAAAUUCAUGGUCUUAUAUAUAUAAGCAACUGUUAUAAUAAGAACUUCACCGUGCCAGAUUCUAAAAGUUCGUCUUUUUUACACAUAAGAACAAUAUUUUAUUAUAAUUCAAAGAUAACAAGUUGUGUCCGUCAGGAAACUAAAAUGCAGUUUCUGUUGUAUUUAUUGUUAUAUUUUCUUUUCAAAUAAAGUGUAUAUUUUAUAUGCA